AUGGGUGGCGUUGAUCUGCAUGAUAAUGUAGACAGUGCAGUGGUUAAUCCAUGGAAGUUUUAUAAUUUGGUAAAUGGUGAAAAAAGUUCACAAUUUGACUACAGAUCAAAACUUGUUUUGAGUUUGUUAAAAUCAUUAUCUAAAAAAUCAAAUGAAGAAACUAUCAAUGAGUCUGCAGUAUCCAUUACCAACACAAAUUUGGGUCGGCCUUCGAAAAAUGCUCUACCUACAGCUAUAAGAAAGGACGAUAUUUUUCAUCUUAUUAUUCGAAAAAAUGAAAGAAGAAGAUAUUGUUUUCAAGAAUUAAAUGAAAAGUAA